AUGGCUGAUAGUACUUAUGAGAGAGUUAUUAUGAAAGGUGACGGAAGUUGUUUGUUCCGUGCCGUGUCUUUCUGUCUAUAUAAUACCCAGGACCGACAUCGAGAGAUUCGAAUGCAGACAGUCGCAGCCAUUCUCGAUGAAUGGGAGUCUUACAAAGACUUCAUCAUUGGAGAUCUUUCUUACACACAGCCGAUAACAAGUAGUGAAGACUAUCGACGUCUGCUGAGUCGAGAUGAGGAGUAUGCAGGAGACGUUGAGCUCACUUGCGUCGGUCAAAUUUUCCCAAAUUGUUUGUUUAGAGUGCAUAGAAUUGGUUCCGACAGAGUUCACGAUUUUGGUCGCGGUCAGACAGUUUAUGAUUUACUUUUUUCUGGUCCUAAUGAUCGAGGACAUUAUGAUGUGUUGCAAUAUCGAGGUGAAAUGGAAAAUAUUUCCGUUGCUCCUAAAAGGGCUCGACGUAGGAGUAAGAAAACUUUGACGGGUCGUGUUGAAAAUAAUGAAAAGAGCAAAAGGAAACAGAGGAAAUUAAAUUCAACUCCAGAAAAUAGUAAUCAGCCCCAAGCUAAUGAUCGAGGUCAUUAUGAUUUGUCACAAUCUCUUCAACAUCAAAGUGAAAUAGCAAAUAUUCCCAUUCCUGCUCCUAAAAAAGCUCGACGUAGGGGUAAAAAAACUUUGACGGGUCGUGUUGAAAAUAACGAGAAGAGCAAAAGGAAAUUCAAUGCAACCUCAGAAAAAAGUAAUAAAAAACAUCAAGUAGGUUACAAAAGCGCAUGUUUGCUGGAUUUUUCCGACACCGAUAUAACGACAUUUUCUAUCGGAGGUUUAAAUAACGAAUGUCCUAAUUGUGGUGGUCUAUUUUUCUCUUGCGAAAAAACAACUUUAGGUUAUUUCAGUCUAUGCUGUUCUAAUGGUAAAGUUAUAUUGCCGGCGUAUAAAGUAAUUGAUGAACUUCAAAAUUUAUUGACAAGUCAUGACAUUCAAUGCAAAAACUACCGCGAAAACAUUCGCGAGUACAAUAAUGCAAUGUCUUUCGCAUCUUUUGGAGCUAAAAUUAGCCUUCCUCCUGGUACUGGCCCGUAUUCGUUUCGAAUUUCAGGUGCGGUGCACCAUUUAGUCUCCGAUCUGUAUCCGAAAGAUGGCGCUAACAAAGCUUAUGGUCAGUUGUACAUUUUAGAUACUGGUGACGCGAAUAAAAUUCGUCUACAGCACGCGAGUAAUUCUUCCUUGAGAGAAGACGUGUUACAGACUCUGGACCAAAUUUUGCAGAACAAUAACCCUUACAUUAAACUUUACAAAAACAUGCAUUUAAAAUCACAGGAAGAGGCUGAGAGGGCAAAAAAAGAGAACAGGGUGCCAGUGAAUUUUGAGAUUCGUUUUUAUGAUGCACCUCACGCAGACCAGCGGCGAUACAAUAGACCAACAUGUUCCGAAGUAGCGGCCGUUUUUGAGUCGAGUGAUGGAGCGCCACCCUCUAAUAGACACAUUGUUAUUUAUUCUAAAACUGGCGGCUUUCAUAAAAUAGAUGUUGACAAUAUGCACUGCGACCCAUUGACGUACGCGUUGAUUUGGCCUUGUGGGGAGACAGGGUGGCACACUUCCAUGUCGGUUCAGGGAACUAGAAAAACUAAAAUCAGGCAGUUUAUCACGAUGCGUGAAUAUAUUUUGUUUAGAUUAGCAAUUAGAGGCUGUCCUCCCGCGGGCUCUUUUUCUCCUAUUUUAAAUAGUGGGAAAUUAACGCAACAGUUAUUUGUUGAUUACUAUUGUCGUGUUGAGGGCGAUCGCUUAAAAUUUAUUCGUUCUCAACAAACCAAAUUAAGAGUAGAGACAUACGUUGGAUUAGCCGAUGCACUACAUGCGAGAGCGGAGGGAGAAAAAUUAAGAGCUGGACGAAUAGUUAUCUUACCCUCUUCAUUUAUCGGUAGUCCCCGAAAUAUGGCGCAAAAUUAUCAAGACGCCAUGGCUAUAGUUCGCAAGUACGGUAAACCAGACCUAUUCAUCACUUUUACAUGUAACUCAUCCUGGCCUGAAAUCAUUAACAGCAUCCAAUCUUACGACACGCCUAACAAUAGACCGGAUGUUGUAGUGCGUGUUUUUAGAGCAAAAAUUAAAACGCUGCUGGACCUCAUACUUAAGACGCAUAUAUUCGGAGAGGUUCGCACGUUUAUGUACACCAUUGAAUUUCAAAAGCGAGGCCUGCCGCACAUGCAUUUAUUGGUUGGUCUUCAAGAUAAAGAUAAACCGCGCGAAAUUGAAGAUAUUGAUGCUAUAGUCUCAGCAGAAAUCCCCGAUCCUCUAAAAAACCCUACUCUCUAUCAAUUGGUAAAAACCCACAUGAUUCACGGGCCAUGUGGAAAGCUGAACCCGCAUUCCGUGUGUAUGGAAGGAGGAGAGUGUAAAAAAGGAUUUCCUAAGUCGUUCAUUGAAGUAACAAAAGAAAAUGUGAAUGGUUACCCCCUGUAUCGUAGACGGCAAUUUGGUCCAGUCAUAGAAAAAUUUGUCAAAGGACAAAAAAUUGUCGUCGACAGUCGUUUUGUUGUCCCGUACAACCGAUUUUUGCUCACAUAUUUUCAGGCUCAUAUAAAUGUAGAAAUUUGCACGAGCGUCCAUAGUGUGAAGUACAUCCAUAAAUAUAUUUACAAGGGACACGACUGUGCCAAUUUACAGAUAACUACUGACGAUGGGUCAGUGCAUCAUGAUGAAGUCUCCGCCUUCCUAAACACGAGAUAUGUGGGACCGUGCGAGGCUGCUUAUAGAAUCUUUGGAUAUAACAUGCAUGAACAGUCUCAUGUUAUUGUGCGGCUCCCGGUUCAUUUGCCUAAUUGCCAAAAUGUGUAUUUCUCAAAUGACGAUGCUGAGGCAGCUCUUUCUCGUGCCGAAGCCAAUAGGACUCAACUGUUAGCAUGGUUUCUCUUGAACAGCAAUCCUGCUCUGAAAAGUCCGUACAUAUAUCCCGAGAUGCCUGUUUACUAUGUUUGGAACAAACAGAGACGUUCUUGGACAAAAC